AUGCUCAAUCUGCGACCACAUGCGCCAUUCCCCUCUGAGGAUAUCCGAAGGCAUGUCCUUCGGAGUAAACUUCGAACUUCGAAGAGGGUCACUCGUUCGGAUCAGCACGGCAAAGCACAUGUUACUGUGAUGAUAUUAUGCCAUUGUCGGAUACUAGAAGUUCAGUUGAGGCAUGAAUUGUACCUUGUUGGGAAGUUCAACGGUGCAGAAUCGCCGUCUCAUGCGGGACAAGUGCCGCAGGCCGAUUCCCUAGACUUUGCUGCUGUAUCCUUCAAGGUCGACAUCGCACACUCCACAUCGUCGUCUAAAUGCCCUGUUUUAGCGGAUAAGAUAAUCGGGGUGGAGUAG